CCCUCUUCACCUAAAUCAUUCCCCUCUCUCAUUUUUUUGAUCUCAUUCCUGAUCCUCACUCUCCUUUCAAAACAAAAAUAAAAUUAAAAAAAAAAGGAAAAAAAAUGUUCUCAACUUCCACAGCCACUAGCGACUACUCAAACCCAAUGGGCCUCAUCCGGCCCAUAGCGAUGGACGGCGCCGCCGCCGCCAAAUGGAAAUACACCACCGCAGCCGCGGAAAUCGCCCCAAACUGCCCCCGCUGUGCCUCCGCCAACACCAAAUUCUGCUACUACAACAACUACAGCCUCUCCCAGCCCCGCUACUUCUGCAAGGCCUGCCGCCGCUACUGGACCAAAGGCGGCUCCCUCCGCAACGUCCCCGUCGGCGGCGGCUGCCGCAAAUCCCGCCGUGCACGCGCCGCCGCCUCCGCCACGCGCCACUCCACCGCCGCCGCCUCCCCCUCCCCCGCCGCCGCCGGAGCCUGCAUUGACAUGGCCGCCGUCUUCGCCAAUUACGUCGGCGGCGCCGGCGGCGACGAGUCGUCGUCGGAAAAUGCUCCGGCGAGCGCGUUUGGUGAGGCUACGGCGGCGUUUGAGUAUCAGACGCCGCUGGGAUUGGUUGGAGAUGAUCAGAUGCAGCAGCAGGGGAUGAUGACGCAGAUGUCCAUGUGUCAGGAUGUGAGUGGCCAGCAGUUUUUGUUUGAGAUCGGGGAGGAUAUAUUGUGGGAGGAAGGUACAACUCUGCCGAGCUUAGCGUACCCGGCGGUGCAGAUCGGGGUGUUUGCACCGGAUAAUUGGAGUUCUUUUGAUCUCUCUGCCUAUGAAUUUUAAAUUUUUAAUCCACCCCUUGAUUUGUUAACUAUAUUAAUUUAAUUCCUCAUUUUUUUUCUUGAUUCUUGGAAGUUAACUGUCACAAUUCCGUGAAAGAGACUAUUGGCAAAAUAUGUUGAUGUCUAUAAACAUAUAAUAUUAUACUUUAUGAGAAAAUAAUGAAAUUUUGUCCUAUUUCUUCAUUGCUUGCCA